UCUCUCUCUCUCUCUCUCUCUCUCUCUCUCUGCAGCUAAGAGCCUCUAAGAUGUUGAAUUUGACAGGAAAAUGAAGUACACAGCUUAGUAAGAAAUUCAAGAGAGAGCAUCAUAUAUAAUUUAGCAAGAGGUUCAAAUCCCACUGUUGCAUCCUGUUAGUCUGUCCUACUUCUUCUGUUUCUUGUUAAUAAGUUUUCGACAUUCAAGAACUAAAUCUGAUCUCAGCUUCUACGACCUCAGUUUUCAGUCUGAUUUGGAUCUUUGGAGUUGAGCGAUCGGAGAAUUUCUUUCCAUUUCCGCAAAAAAAGGAGCAAUUGAAAGAAGGGCGAGAUUACUAUAAUCAGAAAUACUACAAUGAUAACAAAUUCAAGGGACAAGGGUUUCCAAGCAAAGCAAGAGGGCCACAACAACAACAAUAACAAUGACGGGAGCAACAAUAGUAGUUUUCAUAAGGCAUCAUCAUCAAGUACUACUACUUCAAGGCAAUGGUCUGGAUUUAGAAAUCCAAGGAUCGUACGUGUUUCGCGUACUUUCGGUGGGAAAGAUAGGCACAGCAAGGUUUCCACAGUGAGGGGAUUGAGGGACAGGAGAAUUAGGCUUUCAGUACCAACGGCCAUUCAAUUAUAUGAUCUUCAAGAUAGGCUUGGUCUUAGCCAACCUAGCAAGGUAAUAGACUGGCUGCUUGACAUUACGGAACAAGAUAUCGAUAAGCUCCCUCCACUUCAAGUUCCUCAUGGAUUUGGUCAUCAAUUUCAUCAACCAAUGCUAAAUCCUCAUCAAGUUAGUAAUUCUCUUGUUGCUCCUUUCUUUGAUGUAAAUUCUACUUUUAUGGAGGCAGACCAAGUUGAUCAUCAAGAAGUUCGUGAUCAAGCAAAAGGCAAGUCGAUCAAGACAAACGACGGACAAGAUGAUCAAAAUCGUCAUGAUCACGAAGGAAAUGUUGGACAACUCUUAGCUCAAAAGCUAUUUCCCAUAGGCUCUUCUUCCAUACCUGGCAUGCUAAAUAAUGCAAUGGCAUACAACUACUAUCACAACUAUUCAGAGCCUUCAACGCUAUCUCUAGCGCAGUUUGGUAGCCAUGGAUUUCCACAAGUACCACAAUUAGAUCAGCAUCAUAGUCACAUGAUGAGUACUAAUGCCUUAUCAUUUUCAACUCCAAUGCCAUCUGUUUCUCAAUUAUUCUUCCGUCCACCUACAGCAACACCGAUGCUUUUCGGUUCAUAUCCUCCAUAUAUUACCAAUCCAAUAGUGGAGGGUACUAGUACUGCUACCGAUCAGCCUCGACAAGCCAACCAUUUCCAAUUUUUGAGCUCACCAAGUAAUUCACAAAAUUUCCUAGCUAACAAUGCUCUCAUGCCUCCCUCUUCAUUCAGUUAG